AUGACGAAUAAAGAUCCACGCAACACUCUAAUCUAUUUUGAUUCGGUUCCUUAUAUAGCUUGCGGUCAAAAGCCGAAUUCAAAUUCACGUAUUGUUAAUGGUGAAAAUGCCAGACCUCACGCCUGGCCCUGGCAGAUCUCUCUCCGAGUCAAUGGCCGUCACAUCUGCGGUGGAUCGUUGAUCGACGCUGACUGGGUUGUUACUGCAGCUCACUGUGUGGAACGCAAUCCAAGUCCCAGUGGCUACACCGUUGUUGUAGGUGCACACCUUCGAACUGGCCACACUCAAGUCCAGCAAGAAUAUCGACUUCGUAAACUCUUCAAGCAUGAAGGGUUCAGCAUGAGACAUCUAAGGAAUGACAUUGCUUUACUUCAGCUCCAAAAACCUGUGGAGAUUAGUACUAAGGUGAAUACAGUAUGUUUGCCUUCUGCUGGAAGCAGAGCCAAAGCAGGAGCUAAGUGCUAUAUAACAGGCUUUUGUCUUUUCUCGACCACAUCAUGA